AUGGCCUCCGCCUCCGAGAUUGCUGAAGCUCUGUCUUCAACCCUCAAUCCAGAACCCAAUGCCCGUAUAUCAGCCGAGCUUAAACUAGCCGAAACUCUCAAAAAUCCCGGAUCUGCUCUCUCGCUCGCACAUCUUAUAUUAGCGCAAGAUGUCCCUAUGUCUACGCGUCAGUCCGCAAACGUGGUUCUGAGGAAAUACGUGCAAGAGCACUGGUCGCCGUUUUUCCAGCAGUUCAGAGGAGAUGCUCCACCAAAUGAGAUCAAAGCUCAAAUCCGUCAAGUUGUAUUCCAGGGACUUUCAGACCCUGAUCGCAAGAUCAGGACCCUUUGCGCGCACACAUUAUCCCGAAUUGCCAACUGUGACUGGCCAGACGAAUACCCUGAUCUUCUAUCUGGCCUCAUCGGCCUUCUCUCUUCUGGCUCUACCUACGCCGUACACGGCGCGAUGCAAGUUUUCACGGAAUUCAUCAAGCAAGACUUGACGGAGGACCAAAUUUUGCCAGUUCUCCGAGACCUUCUGCCGGUAUUGCUUUCGAUCCUAGGAGAUCAUGAGCAACACACGCCACUGACUCGCUCACGUACCAUCGCGGUCUUCAGCCAAUGCGUCGAGGCUCUAUACAUGGUUAAAGACCAGCAUCCACAGGCCGUAAAAGAAGCCUCUGCCUCUGUCCUUCCCGCGUGGUUAGACGCCUUCAAGGUCCUUCUUGAACUAGACCCGGCUCAAGAUGUAGCCACGGAGAACUGGGAUGCUCUCGCGAUUCGCGUGGAAGUCUACCGAACCUUGAGCAUGAUCCAUACUUCUUUCCUUCGACCUCUCACCCCCUACUUGCCUGCCUAUCUUUCAGCCUCUUUGAGCCACCUACAGACUCUGCUCCCCACAUUUACCGCGAACUACCUUCACUCCUCUGGUUUCAGGCCACAGACACUUGAAGACGAGCCUCAGGAGCUCACCCGCCUAAUGGCAGCGCUCAUCGACUUCGUAUCCAGCGUAGCUCGCGGCGGUAAAGCCAAGUCGUGGUUCGAGACAGAUCAGAAUCAAGCCGGAGGCAAUAACCUGGCGCCGUUGGUGACGAUGUUGGUACGAUGGGCACAAAUGACGAGGGAUAACGAGGAGGAGUGGGCAGAGGACGCAAACUUAUUUGUGGCGCAGGAGGAAGACGAGACGCAAGCGUACAGUGUACGCGUCGCCGUAUUCGAUCUAUUCCUGUCACUUCUUGACCGUGCUCCAGUACCGACUGUCCAGGCGCUUCAGUCGACCAUACGCGAUAUCGUUGCCGAGUCGCGGCAAGCACGCGAAGCUGGUAACCCAGACUGGUGGAGGCCAUUAGAGGCCGGCCUGGCUGUCAUCGGUUCUCAAGCCGAGCCUGUCCAGGAUUGCAUCGACGAUGAGGAAGCCAGCGAGCGUCCCAAACCUCUUGAUCUUGAGUACUUACUGGCAGAGGUCAUUCCAUCUCUGUUGACGCUGUCUGAAUGUCCGUUCCUCCAAGGAAGAUGCUUGGUCUUCGCCAGCCGUUUUGCUAAAUUGCUGCCUGCCCACAUCGCGGGCCAGUACCUCGACGCUGCUGUCCAAGUUGUUGAAUCUGCAGACACAGGUAUUCCCUUCAAAAUCUCCGCCAUCAAGGCUAUCCAUAACUUCUGUCAGGGCAUCGAUGACGCCGCUGUCUUGCCUGUCGUACCACGCAUCGCGCGGGACAUCGGACCUUUCCUUCUGCAGGCUACGGAAGACACUCUAUCCUUAGUCCUGGAGACCCUUUCGGUCGUCGUAGAAGUCGACCAAAGCAAGUGGGUGACGCCCGAACUUGCCAACGACCUCGUCCUUGCUCUCCUCGAAGUCUGGAUGAAGAACAUCAAAGACCCAAUAUUCCUCUCUAUGCUCACCGACAUCUUCGCCACCCUGGCGUCGUCUCCCACAUCUGGUGUCUACUCCACGGUGGUCUCACAAUCGCUGCCCAAGCUCAGUUCUGCAAUCCGAUCAUCUACUAAGGAAGAGUCGUGGGUCGCAUCCUCUGCUAUUGAGUUGGUCGGUAGCUUGGUCGAGGGUGCGCAAGAAGGAUUGGGGGAUGGUUUCUUCGGGACUGUGGCCGAAGGUCUAUUCAACUGUCUGAAUACGGCGGAGGACAGAGAUGUUUUGCAGAACGGUGUUUCGCUCCUGACGCUCGUCGUUCGCAAAGACGUCAACCAGCUCGUGCAGUGGACCGAUUCACGUGGUCAAACCGGCCUCGCAAAUACGCUAUCCGUCGUUGCGAAGUUAUUGCAGAAUGAUGACGAAUCGGGAGGCUUGGUCCUCGGCAACCUCAUCAUUCAGUUGCUGAGGAGGGCAGGAGAAGCAGUGUUGCCAGUAUUGCCAGAGUUGCUGCAGGCGAUGCUUGCGAGGAUGAGGACAGCGAAGACGGCCUCGUUCCUGCAGAGCCUGAUCAUUCCAUUCGCAUUUCUCAUCUACAACCAAAGGGAUGUCGUUCUUGACCUCGUCGAGUCUAUCACGCUGGACUCGAAUCAGUCCGGCAUCGCUGUGCUGUUGAAUACGUGGUGCGAGAAUGCGGAGACGUUCCAGGGUUUCUGGCCCACAAGGAUCUCAAACUUGGGACUGUGUCAGUUGUUCACGGCAGCGUUGACGGAGGGAGAGCGGAGGCAAAACCUACUGAUGAACGUGAAGGGUGAUAUCAUCGUGAAGGAGGAGACACGGAACGUGAUCAUGACGCGAUCAAAGACGAAGAUUGCGCCACACGAGUUUACGUCGAUACCCUUCCCGGUCAAAGCUCUCAAGUUACUCCUACACGAUCUCCAGACCAAUGGCGAGGCCGCAAGUAUGGCGGCACCAGAUGGUGCAUCUGUUGACUCUGACGAUGGCGACGAUGACUGGGAAGAAGACGGAUCCACCAAGGGCGGCAAGAUCCAAGGUUUCACGCCUGAGGAGUUCCAGUACCUGUCUGAGGUGAUCAACACCGGUGCAGGCGGCGUAUCGUUCGAUAACGAUGAGGCUAUUGGGCCUGAUGAGGACGAGGAUUUGAGGAGCGACCCUAUUGCACAGAUUGACCUGAAGACGCAUCUCGUGUCCUUUAUUCAUGAAUGUGCAACGCGCAACCCAGGCCAGUUCGAGAACUUUGUCAGUCAGCUGAACAAGGAGGAGAUGGUCGUCGUCCAGAGGGUCAUUCAGGAGGGAAGACAGCAGUGAUCGCUUUCAUGAAAACUUGUAUUUGUGUCAAGACGUGCUCGGUGGGCGGACUGGUUCAUUUUUCCUGCCUUGGUCGUUUGCUGUCUGUAUACGAUGGAUCCAAGAUAGAACGGGUGGGGACUCAGAAG